AUGUCAACGAAAGGCCCUCCAAAAUUAAAGCCAAAGUCUUCGAAUCUAGAUCAAACAGGAGAAGACGCGGGGACAGUAAUUGCUCAAUUGACUUCAUUCGAUGGGGAAACUACUGGUCCACAACUGAGUUUGCCAGCUAAUGUCACUCCUGAGCAAUUAGGACUACUGAUUAAUCAAUUGUUAAAUAACGAUGACCCUCUUCCUUAUUCUUUUUCGGUUGAUGGUGUAGAAAUUUCAUCUUCACUUUAUAAAGAUAUCAUUCAAGGACUUAAAAGAUCGACAGAAGAUGUGAUAAAGAUCGUUUAUCAACCACAAGCAAUCUUUAAAGUUAGAGCGGUGACUAGGUGUAGCUCUACUUUAAAUGGUCAUAAAGACGCAAUCUUAUCCGUUAGUUUUAGUCCAGAUGGCACUCAACUUGCAACGGGGUCAGGUGAUACUACUAUUAGAAUAUGGGAUUUAAACACAGAUACACCUCAUUAUACCUGUUCAGGUCACACAGGUUGGGUAUUAUAUAUUGCUUGGUCACCAGAUGCAAGGAUAUUGGCAUCCGGAAGCAUGGACAAAACGGUGCGAUUAUGGGACCCUAAAAUAGGAAAGCCUAUAGGUGAUCCGUUAAAAGGACACACACAAUGGAUUACUUGUUUAGCUUGGGAACCACUUCAUUUAAAUUCAAAGUGUAACAAAUUGGCUUCUUCUUCCAAAGAUGGUACUAUCCGUAUUUGGGAUACUACCUUGCGUCGCGUUGUCGCUACCAUGUCACAACAUACUGCUGCCGUAACGUGUAUAAAAUGGGGUGGAAAUGGUUUACUUUAUUCUUCUAGCCGAGAUAAGACAAUUAAAGUUUGGGACGCAUCGCAGGGCAAGCUAGUCAGAACAUUAGAAGGUCAUGGUCAUUGGGUUAAUACUCUUGCAUUGAGCACAGAUUUUGUGCUGAGAACGGGUGCUUUCGAUCAUACUGGCAAAAAGCCAAAAGAUGAAAAUGAAGCACAAGAACGAGCUCUGGAAAGAUAUAAAACAGCUACAGGAAAUAAGUCUGAACGACUUGUUUCUGGAUCUGAUGAUUUUACUAUGUUUCUGUGGGAACCAUCAGAAAGUAAGAAAGCGAUAGCAAGGCUCACCGGACAUCAAAAGCUUGUCAACUGUACGAGUUUUUCACCUGAUGGACGUUUGCUCGCUAGUGCUAGCUUUGAUAAUUCGGUAAAACUUUGGGAUGGAUUUACGGGCAGAUUUAUUGCAUCUUUGCGAGGCCAUGUUGGCCCGGUUUAUCAAGUCUGCUGGUCCUCCGACAGUCGUUUGUUGAUUAGCUCAAGUAAAGAUAGUACUUUGAAAAUUUGGAACUUAAAAACUAAAAAGGUUAAAAUAGAUCUACCGGGCCAUUUAGAUGAGGUAUUUAGCGUUGAUUGGAGUCCAGGUGGUGACAAAGUUGCCAGUGGUGGCAAAGAUUGCCAACUCAAAAUGUAA